GUAACGGCUCAUCAAAAAAGUCUCAUGAUAUGACAAUUAUGGGCUUCAGUGAUCCUGAUCCUCUGUUUAUUGAUAACUGCAGUGAUCGCUCGUAGGAAUGAUGGGUCUAUCACGUUGCGGGCAGUUCCUAGCCUCUUGGUAAUUCUCAUGCACGACCCCUUUUUGACGCUUGGCGCACGAGGCCAGGAGUGCUAUUGGCCUCUCAUCCGCGCGACAUUCAGACCCUCUGAAUAACACCAAUCAGCUGUAUCAGCCUAACGGAAUCUGCCCGCUCAGGAUUCCAGAAUAUGGAACAACCCUGCGGCUGAAAAUGCUUGGAAAGGGCGCAGCGGCUGUGCCGCCAGAUGUUGGUCCCCUUCAACGUGAGAACAUUCUCUUUCCUCAUCUUCGUGCUCUCGCUUUCAUCUAGUUUGUGUUUGUCUCUUUGGCGCUCUGUUGAUGCAUUGUGUUUCGCGAUAGAAUAACAGAAUCCAGAAAGAUCCGUCAUCCUCGGAGGCACAUUGCGCCGUCCAACCUCUAACCUCCAGCCUCCGCUCUCCCCGGUCUCGACGACGAGACCGCGACGAUGCUUUCUUCAACCACUAUCAACCUGCUUCUCCCACUCUUACUCGCGUCUUCCUCCCUCGCCGGCGUCGUGACCAUACCGAUAUGGAAGGAGCCAGCCUCAGCUGGAGACCACACCCGGCGAGACAUCCAUUCUCGCGCAACAGUAUUACAACAGCUUGACAACAGCCGUCAACGUGGAUCCUACUACGCCAACAUCACAGUUGGGACGCCUCCACAACCAAUCUCUGUUAUCAUAGACACUGGAAGCAGCGAUCUAUGGAUUCUUGCCAAAACGGCCGACGUCUGCCUUAAUCCUAGUCUCAUCAAGCAAUUACCUGGGGAUGUAGGGUGUAUUGGAGGAACCUAUGACCAACUCAAAUCCUCCACAUACGAUAAGCUAAUAAGCGGUGGCUUCCAAAUCCAAUAUGUCGACCAAACAGAGAGCUCCGGCGAUUACAUAUCAGAAACUGUUUCCUUCAAUGGCCAAAACAAGAGCAACAAUGCGAUAAAAGAGCUACAAAUCGGUCUUGCGAGUACCAGCACCCUCCCCGUUGGAGUUAUGGGCAUAGGCUACAACUCGUCAGUCGCCGCGGCUACAGUCUACCCAAACAUCAUCGAUCAAAUGGUCUACCAAGGAUUGAUUAACACACGCGCCUACUCACUCUGGCUCGACGACCUCUCAGCCGCCACCGGACAGAUCCUCUUCGGCGGCAUUGACACAGCCAAAUAUGACGGUUCCCUCUCCAUCCUACCCGUUCUAGGCGAUGACAAGGGCGGCAGGCCCACCUCGUUCGCCGUGGGCCUCUAUGGUAUGUCCGUCGGCCACAAAGGCUCAAUGUCCUCCAUAACCACCUCCACCUUCGCCAUCCCCGUCAUCCUCGACUCCGGCACCACGCACACCCUCCUCCCCGCCGCCGUCGUAAAUCCCAUCAUCCGCGGCCUCGGCGCCUACGACUUCACCUCGCAAAUCGGCGCCAUCCUCGUCGACUGCGGUCUCCGCACCGCGAACCCCGAUUUCAUCUUCGGCUACAAAUUCGGCAACUCCACAACCGCGCCAACCAUCUACGUCAACCUCAGCGAGCUGAUCCUCGAUUUCCCUGGCCUCGAUCAGGCGCAGAUCAAAGACUCGUUCAAGGAGUGGGAUAGCGUAUGCUACCUCGCCAUCGCAGACAGCAGCACCGUCACGGACCACCCCAUCUACCUCCUCGGCGACACCUUCCUGCGCUCCGCGUACGUGGUGUACGACAUCGACAACGACGAGAUCGGGAUCGCGCAGUCGAACUUUAAUAGCGCGACGAAUAAGAUUGUCGAGAUCUUGGCGGGGGAGAAGAUUACGUCUAUUAAGGGACAGCCGGAUAACCUGGCUAAGGAGGUGGCGACGGGGACACGGGAGGCGGGGUUUAAUGGGUUGAUUAAGUCGAAGGACGCGGACACGAGUGCUGCUGUUUCUGGGAAGCUGCCGGGUGGAGGAGGCGCGACGCUGGUGGUAAUGGCGGUGUCGGUUUGUUUUGCGGGGUUGGGGGGGCUGUUGGUUGGUGUUUGAGAGGUUUGUGGUGGGGUGAGAUGGAGGAUUGGAGUGGCAUAGACGGGAGUGGGGUUUUGCGACUGGCAGUAGUGGUUGAGACGGACACAGGAUUACAUAUUGGAUAUUCCCAGCUGCAGGGUGCAGCGAGCAUCUGAGGGCAUAGAGUGGGGGAUUUACGACCUAUGGCGGUGCUGAAGACACACAUGCGCCGGAUUGCAUAUUUGAUAUUUACUGGCUGGAGUUUGGUGGGAGCAUACUAUAUUUUUCAGGAUAUUCGAAGAGGCUCAAUCGAAGCCUCUUCUGCGGAUACGGGAGAGGAGGUAAAUUCCUGGGGAUAGAAUAAAGAUAGUAGAUCUCUUGGAAGAGGAAAUAGAGAUAGAUAGGUAGGAGACCUCUUAUAAGUAGAAACAAAGAUACGAGACCUCUCUCUUACAAGAGGAAAUAAAGAUACAAGAC